AUACGGUCCGCCUGCCUUGGGUGUGCUGGCUCAUUGGAUCUGGUUGUCCUCAACUGCUACGAUUCUGGUAAACUCGGUUCGCUAAUCGAUCGCGUGCGCUUACUUUGCAACUAACAGUAACAAUAGUUGUUGGUUGACAACAGUGCGAAACAUACAUGCAUACACAUGUAGAGAAAUAUAAUAUAUUAAUAUUAUUUUUUAAUUAUAAAUAUCAUUAUUAAUGUGAGAAGGUGUUACACAUGCGCACACCAGUUCGACGGCUAGUCAGUGUGACUGUUUGUUAAAACCGAAUAAAAUAGUUUAACAAAGUAGGCGAAGAUUUUAGUUAAGCGCGAGUUUCGCGUAGCUACGACGUGCAUCUCCGUUACGUUUUGAGAACCGCGCGCACAAGCACACACAUUUAUUUCAAUUGAUUGUUCAUGCAACUCGACUAGCGUAGACUAGUUUUUUUUUUGUACUAAAUAAAAUGGUACACACCAUAGCCAAUCAAGAUGCUGCAACGGUUAACAAAUAUCGUGGACCGGACGCUUAUACCUUCAGUGAUGCCUUGGCGUUGACGAAUUUUGGUAAAUUUAAUUACUUCCUCAUAUUCAUAUCCGGCAUGGUAAUGGCGGUGGUGUUGCUGGAGACAUCUUCCAUGGGCUUCAUAUUGCCCAUCGCACAAUGUGAUCUACACCUGACAAAUGUGGAUAAGGGUGUGCUGAGUGCGAUCAGUUUUCUCGGCAUUAUUUCAAGUUCACAUUUAUGGGGAUUUUUGGCGGACACAAAGGGACGACGCAAAGUAAUGAGACCAACACUGUUAGCUACAUUUACCGUGACGAUACUUUCGAGUUUUGCGCCUAAUUUCUGGUCAAUGGUUAUGUUGCGUUUUCUUAACGGUUUUUUCUUGGCGAGCACUGCAACAAUCUACGCCUACCUCGGUGAAUUUCACACCGAUAAGACACGUUCACGCGCCAUCAUGGGCUCAGCAUUCAUAUUCGCCAUAGGCGCCAUGAUUCUGCCGAUGAUCGCCUUUUUAGUUAUCAAUCAAGAUUGGGUUUUACACUUAACGUUCAUCGGUAUCGACUAUAAGCCAUGGCGUUUAUUUGUAAUUGUUUGCGGUAUACCAGGCUUCCUUUGUGGUCUCUCUCUGUUCAUUCUACCUGAAAGUCCGAAAUUUCUACUCGCUGUUGGCGAUGAGAAGAAAGCCAUUGAAGUGCUAAAGAAAAUGCAUCGUUGGAAUGGCGGUGGCAAGCGGCUGCCUAAUAUCACAAACAUACUGCCUGAUGAGGACGACGUCGUGAUUUCGACAUUGAAAUUUAGUAAUAAUUUUGAUUCGAAUUCAAAUUUCGCGAUCGUCUUCCUACAAACCAUGUGGAAUCAGACUGUGCCCUUGUUUCAGCGAAGAUAUUUGCUUAUUACCAUUAUUAUUUGUAAUAUACAAUUUUGGCUAUUUGUCAUAACAAAUGGUCUGUACAUGUGGUUCCCGCAUAUAAUAAACAGUAUGGCGGCAUUUAUGCAGGAGCAUCCGGGCGAGCACAGGCAAAUUUGUGAAAUUGUUUAUGCGCAGGAGAAGAAUCUUUACAAAAAUGAUGGCUCCAUUGAGUGUAUCAAUAAGCUGGAAAACUCCACCUAUUAUUACUCAUUUAUCAUGGAAAUUCUCUAUGCCAGCUCGUUCGCUUUUAUUGGUUUGAUUAUAAAUCAUGUGGGAAAAAAAUUAAUACUUUUUAUUUCGAUGAUAUUCUUUACGUCCUGUGGCCUAGUCUCGAUUUUCAUAGCCGAUCCAACAAUUGCCGCUUACCUCUACGUACUCUUUUUCCUGGUGGGCGUGGCGAUAAAUGUGCUCGGUGCUGCUACAGUCGAUUUAUAUCCAACACAUCUUCGUGCCAUGGCUGGUUGUAUAUCCCUCAUGAUUGGUCGUUUAGGCAGUGUAGUUGGCGCUAAUAUUGCUGGCGCUCUUAUGGGUCAAUAUUGUGAGUGGAAUUUCUACAUUGCUUGCGGUGCCAUGUAUGUUUGUGGCUUUCUGGUGUUACUACUGCCACGCAAGAGUCCCGAAGCAGCGGCUAAAAGUGAAGCGUGAUUAAUUUAGGCUGCAAUCUAAUUCCUAAUUCAAAUAUACAUAUAUAGAAGUUGAACUGUUAGAGAUGUGCGAUUAAUAUAUGAUUACUUUAAUUGCUGAAAUUAUUAAUCAAGAUUCAAUUAACUACAUUUGUUACUAAACACAUCUUUUAUUUUGGUUUUUUUUUCAAAAAUUGUCAAACCUUUGAAAGAACUUUAAUUGCAUUUUAAUCCGCUGAGCCUAAAAUAAUCACUGCAAAUAAUCAUUUAUUUAUUGUUUUGAAUAUAAUCAAGUAAUUGAAUUAAUUAAUCGCACAUUCCUUGCUCUUACAUAUGUGUGUAUAUGUAAACACAUCUCUUAAAGAAUUUACUACAAGUACAAGCUCGUAUAACAUAAGUUACUCAUUAUUUACAUUUAAUUAUCAAUUACUUUUUAAUUCUCUGAAUCUUAAUUUGAAAAACACAUAAAAUUAGUUUUUGUUUCUAUUUUAUACGUUCAUCAAAACUUCAAUAAUAUUGUACAUCAUUAUGUAGAAAUGUAAAUACAUAUAUAAAUAAUAUAUAAAACUACAUUUUGAUAUCUUUAAAAACCCAAAUUAAUUAGUUAUAAUAAAUCUAAAGUACUUAAUCUUCCUUGAGUAGUGAAAGAAAACAUGAAUCGUGCGUUGCGUCCAAUAUUCGGUCAAUAUAACCGCCCGGAAGAGUCGAUAAUUCGAGCGAUCAGAGAUCGGUUUCGCACUUCGUUUACUCUAGUGCAUAAUAAUGCGUCCUCUGAAACGUCAUACAGUGUAAGCCGAAGACCCAAAUGCUGCUGUGAAGCAGAGUAUCGAAGAAGACCACAAUGAGUUCAUCCACCAUUGCGCCAAACAAUUGUAGCUAUAUCUAUCCAAUUAAUGGAAGAACGACCUCAAGCACGUCGCAUGUGCGGUAAAUGGGCCCAAAAGCUGGUGGCCACCGAUCCCGAACAAAAUUUUCGCAUUUGGAGUGAUGUCAAUAGAGUCAUGGUUAAUAACAUAUCCAUGUCUGAAUUGAAGAAUAGUGAUGUGGGCAUCAGGAAGAGGGUGCUACAUGCAAUACAGCCAACGAAACAUUCAAUUUAUUGAAGAAAACUCUUGUUGACCGCAUUAUCUCGCGUACUGGGCCGAUAGAUCGUGCAAUUCAACAUCGUCGGACUAUUUUUGUGUGGGAAAGUGGAGUUUAAAGUAAAUCGAACUAUAGAUAAGUCCCUGAUUUGAUUUCACGGAAAUCAAAGAAACAAUCUCACGGAGUCUCAAGUCAAUCGUUCGGCGACUUUAAGACAUUACCGGAUUUUUACAAAUAAACAUAAGAUAUUUAUACUAGAGCUCAAGAUUUUCGUUCGAACACUUUCGAGCUGCCGGAGCGUUUGAACAACGAAUACUCGCACGUUGGUUCAUUGCUCAUUGCUCGAUAAUUUUCGUGCUUGAGCAAGGUUUAUAGAAUAGAAGGUUACGACAAGAUGAAAAUCAUAUUGUGGCGUAAAUGCGAGGCGAAUGUCAGAUGAAAGAGAGAAGCCGAUAACUAGUACAUUCUAGAGCGAUAAAACGCGAACCUUCGAUAUCUAACAACUCGAUUAUUCUACACUUUCGUCUACGGGCAGCCGACUGCUAUAUAGGGGCGACACUCCGCUGACAAGGGAGUUAGUUACAAAGUAAACUCGUUGGCGACAACAUCAGUAUAGAGUAUAGCGGAAUAAACUGUUUGUUGAUAUGAAGUCGUAAAGUAAACGCGUUGUUAUGGCGAAUUUGGUUCAAUUUGUGGGUUGCAUAAUUUUAUCUAUGAAACAGCGUAAGAUUGUGGCUUUGAGCCGCUAAGGCCUUGCAUUGAUAUAUUUUUUUUAAAUAAAUAACAAAUACAAUUAAAAAGUUCUGAAUAGUUUAAUGCCGAACAAAUGCAUUGUAAUUUUUAAAAUUUUGUAAAUU